UCGGCUGGUAGGCAGCGUUCAGUUCAUUUGGAACAAUCUAAGCUAAACGAAUCUACUAUGUCUGGUCGAGGAAAAGGAGGCAAAGGGCUUGGUAAAGGUGGAGCCAAACGUCACCGCAAAGUAUUGCGUGAUAACAUCCAGGGUAUCACAAAGCCUGCCAUCCGUCGUCUUGCUCGCAGAGGUGGUGUCAAACGUAUCUCUGGUCUGAUCUAUGAAGAAACCAGAGGUGUCCUGAAGGUUUUCCUUGAAAAUGUCAUCAGGGAUGCCGUCACCUACACUGAGCAUGCCAAGAGGAAGACUGUCACUGCCAUGGAUGUGGUCUACGCAUUGAAACGCCAAGGACGUACUCUGUACGGCUUCGGUGGUAAAGGACCAAUCGGUGCAUCGAGUUUCUUUUCCGUGGCGCGACGCGCUUAUAAAAGCCUGCUUCGCGCGCGCGUUUCUUCAUUCUUUCUUGUAAUCGACAAGCAAGUAGACACAAUGGCUAGAACCAAACAAACCGCUCGUAAAUCCACUGGUGGUAAGGCACCACGUAAACAGCUGGCCACCAAGGCUGCUAGGAAAUCAGCACCAGCUACCGGAGGUGUUAAGAAGCCCCAUCGUUACAGGCCCGGCACUGUCGCCCUGAGAGAAAUCCGUCGUUACCAGAAGAGCACUGAGCUUCUGAUCCGCAAACUGCCAUUCCAACGUUUGGUCCGUGAGAUCGCUCAAGAUUUCAAGACUGACCUGCGCUUCCAGAGCUCUGCAGUUAUGGCUCUCCAAGAGGCCAGCGAGGCUUACCUUGUCGGUCUCUUUGAAGAUACCAACUUGUGUGCCAUCCACGCCAAGCGUCUAAACGAAUCUACUAUGUCUGGUCGAGGAAAAGGAGGCAAAGGGCUUGGUAAAGGUGGAGCCAAACGUCACCGCAAAGUAUUGCGUGAUAACAUCCAGGGUAUCACAAAGCCUGCCAUCCGUCGUCUUGCUCGCAGAGGUGGUGUCAAACGUAUCUCUGGUCUGAUCUAUGAAGAAACCAGAGGUGUCCUGAAGGUUUUCCUUGAAAAUGUCAUCAGGGAUGCCGUCACCUACACUGAGCAUGCCAAGAGGAAGACUGUCACUGCCAUGGAUGUGGUCUACGCAUUGAAACGCCAAGGACGUACUCUGUACGGCUUCGGUGGUUAAACCCACUGUUGACAAAAAACAACAACAACAACAAACAAAACAUACCGGUCCUUAUUAGGGCCAUUCCAAA